AAUAUCUUGUAAAUAAGUUUAAUUUUUUUCUUCUCUAUCUACCUUAUAAAUAAAAACAUAGGAAUAUAUCAUAACUUGUUCUUGCAUGGAGAAAAAGUUGAACCGGUUCACUCGUUAUUCAAGCUGGUUUCACUGGUCUAGAGACCUGACCAAGAAUCGAUUAACAAGUGCGUUUUCGGUCGAAGCUGCUGGUCUAGUCAAGUUAAAAUCCAAACGAACAUAUGAAUCAUGACGUAUGCUUUUCAUUUCCUGUUUGACUCUGCAAACCAACGAAGCAAUUAUAAGCUAUUUUUUCAGCUGAGAGGCAAGCGAGUCGGGAUCGUAGGCCUCGGAAACAUAGUCUCAGAAACAGCAAAACGGCUCGAAGCUUUCGGUUGCAUCAUAUCGUACACCUCAAAGAACAAGAAGCCACUUGUGUCAUACCCUUUCUAUCAAAACAUCUUGGAGCUUGCUUCUGCAAGUGACGUGCUUGUUCUCUGCUGUGCACUGAACGAACAAACAAGGCAUAUGGUGAACAGGGAAGUGAUGAUGGCCUUGGGAAGAGAAGGAAUCAUUGUGAACAUUGGAAGAGGAAGUCUGAUAGAUGAGAAAGAAUUGGUUAAGAGUUUAGUGAAAGGAGAGAUUGGAGGAGCUGGUUUGGAUGUGUUUGAGAAAGAGCCUCAUGUUCCUCGAGAGCUUUUUGAAUUGGACAAUGUAGUUUUUUCUCCUCAUGCUGCUGUGCACACUUCAGAAUCUAUAAUGGGAGUUUCUGAACUAAUGGCUGCCAAUAUGGAUGCUUUCUUCUCAAGUAAGCCUCUACUUUCACCAGCCGGGCUCUACUUUCACCAGCCGGGGUAGAUUAUUUGAAUUGAUCUACCGAUUCGUGAACUUAUGUCUUAAGACUUGCAUAAUGAGAAGAAAAAUGAAUACAUUCAUGGA